CUGCCCCGAACCCAACAACACAGCUGUCCAGGAAAACUGUGUUUAACAAUAAUUUAUAUUGCAAGUUUAAUUGCUAUUAAGUGCUUAGUUUUACGCUUUAUACUUCCGGACGUUUUAAUGUGCGUGUUCAUAUUUGAGUUGGUUGGUUAAUGUUUCCUCGAGCAUCUUACCUUGCCUGUUUACUGGUUGGAUUUCUGACUGCGUUGUUUUUUGGUGCAUUCGUGUGCUCGGGAAACGAUUGCGGCUUCUUGUCCCAAGACCUUGUGUCCGGUGGGAGUACCGUCGCUGCUGCCUCCUCGCCCCCACUACGAGAGAUGAAUCACUUUCGUGCCGUAUUCGUCACCGUUCCAAAUAUCGAGGUGGCCAAGAAGAUUGCGUCUGGGUUAGUGAGUAACAAGUUGGCUGCGUGUGUCAAUAUUAUCCCACAAGUUAUAUCCGUAUAUGAAUGGGAAGGAAAAAUUAACGAGGAUUCCGAACUCAUUUUGAUGAUAAAGAGCCAAGAGUCACUUUUUACAGAGUUGGAGAAGUUUGUCAAAGAUAACCAUCCUUACGACGUGCCAGAAGUUAUUGCUGUGCCGAUUCAGCAAGGGAGUCAGACCUAUUUGGACUGGAUCAGUCAAGUCACCAAGAAAAACUAGUACAAAUACACGGUCAACGAAUUCAUGUUAAAUAUAUAUUCAUAAAUAUAUAUUCCUAAAUAAUAAAUAUAAUAUAUUUAAUAUAUACAUGAAAAAUUACAAUAUGGGUUCCGCACAACUACUUUGGACCGUAACAAUUCCUGACGGCACUAUUUCGAAACUUGCUAAUACUACUGCUUCAUCAGAAUGUCUACUAGCUGCUGCUCACAUGUGUUCGCCAUUAGAAGCCACCAGUGUUUCCUUCACUUUGGAGAUCAUAAAAGAGUUACAGGAUGCAGACCAGGAAUCAAAAUCCCCACUACCACCCCUCCCCACAUUCCACUUGUCGAGCUAUUUCCCUAACUCUGACCUAGCGGUUACUCACCUCUCCGCCGUCAUUGGACUCACCUCCAGCACUCCAGUAGACCGACUGGUCGAAUUGGCCUUGAUGAAAAUGAUUCCUGGAGAAACUGGCUUGUUUCAAAUUCAGCCUGCUCAAUCACAACUCUGUUUAACUAUCAAAGUUGCUCUAAUCUCAAUCAAAGAGGAAUCCGUCACCGAGCUUCACUCUCUCCCUGCAUCCAGUCUCCUCCGAAUAUCCACACAGCUCAAGUUGCAAGGAGUUGAACUCUUUGAUCAGAAACGACCCCGUGACGCCUUCUUCAAAUUUGGCAAAGCUCUCAAGUAUCUGAUACUGAUAGAUGACAAAGACAACAGUAGAGAUCCUGUCCUUUUGCGCAACAAGGAUGAACUGAUGACGACACUGCGAAACAAUCUAGCCGGAUGCCAUUUUUCUUCCUCUUCUAACAAUUGGGAUGCAAUCAUUUCUCUCUGCGAUAAAGUCUUGUUUCGGGAUGUGCAUAAUGUCAAAGCUCUGUAUCGGAGAGGAUGUGCAUUUCUAGAGAUUCAGGAAUACGAAAAAGCACGUUCAGAUUUCUACCAAGUUAAACAACUGGACCCUUCGAA